AUGGCGAAGCUUUCCGACCUUCUGCUAGAGCUGGUUCGCCACAUCGCGUCCUUUCUUCGCCCUGACUGGCCCGGCGCACUGCUUUUGGAUCACGAUGAGGGCUGGGAAUGGGUCCACGACAUUCGAAAAGUCCACAACGCCAACCGAGCAUCUCUACUCAACUUCUCGUACACUUCAAAAGCCUACCACCUUGCCCUUGCGCCCGAGCUAGUGCGUUCGCUUGGGGUCCUUGACCGAACUGGCGGAAACGAGCUUCGAAUGCUGUUCAAGUUGCUUCGCUACUUGCUGCACAAUCCGGCGUCAUCGCCUGGUGCCGUUCGGAAACUAUUCAUUGACCUUUACUCUGACAAACAUACGGGAGGAUCUUCCGGUUUGGACCAUGUCUGUCAACGCGACAUGGAUCUUCUCAAGGAAGCAGCCCUCUGCUUUGGCAUCAAUAUCUGGAGGGAAACGCUCGCUUGGAACGACGAUAUGGUAGGCUGGAGCAUCGGAGAAGUCUUGAUACAUGUUCCACAUUCCCUGAAGGGGUUUCUGGUCGGUCUUAUCAUCCUCAACCUCCCAAACAUCCGAGACCUAAGCAUCAUACUUCCGCCAGCGUCGCACAUGGCUGUGACCCAGCUGCUGCGUCUUGUUCAGAAACUGAGGGCAGUCGACAACGAUAUGCAACCGAUCCUUCACCUUGAAAGCAUUGCGGUCAGAAACUGGAACUUUAACGACAUUCAGCCCACGGGUUUUGAGACACUAUUCGAUUUCAGACCCCAUGCAUCGAUAUACUUCUGCAACUGCAUUCUAGACGCGCCUCUGCCAUGGGCCCCGAACAUCACGUCGCUGGUAUUCAGAGAUGUCAAGGGGAUUACGCUGUCGACCGUCUGCCAACUCAUCAACGACAUCCAGCGUCUGACGAAAUUCAUCUGCAUCCAGGAGGUUGAAAGCGAAAACAUUCCUGUGCUUAGCCCCGGUUCAAUGUUCCGGGCGCUGAAGAAGCACGGCUCAAGCCUGAAAACUCUGUGCCUGGGGGUUGUCUUUCGGUACGAAUCAUUCCCCGACCAGACGCCUCCGCCUUACAUCAAUUCAUUUAAGGACUUCAAGGUUCUUGAGCAGAUGUGGAUCAACUGCUCCUGCUUUGGGGACCGUUAUGGUGUUGGUAGCAAAGUCCUUCGAACGAUCCCAAUCUCAUUGUGGAGGCUUCAUCUGGCUGGCAGCGUUGACAUCCUUGAGGACGACAUGUUGCGCUGGGCCGAGAUACUUUCGGGGAAAAGCUUUGAUGAACAGGAUGACGAGAGAGAUGACGAGGGAUACGACGAGGAAGACGACGAGGAAGACAAUGACGCAGGCGAUGGGGAAGACGACGAGAAAGACAUGAUGGAAGACAUGGAGGAAGACGACAAUGACAAUGACUAUGUCCAUAUCCCAGAGCAUCUGGCUUGGGACAUCGGCUUGGACAACUUUGACCAUGAGGUUCACGAAGCUUUUCGGGACAGCAAAUGGGUUGACUUCUUUGAGGCCCCUUCCCCUUUGCCCGGUAUCUUUUAG